AUGACGCAGCUCCUGCUGGCCGCUCUGGCCGCCGUGGCGAUUGGGUACCCCGUGUACUCCCCAGGCAGCGCGGGGGACACCUGCGACAAGAUCAGCUGCAAGCCCGUCGACUGCAAGCCGCCGUUCGAGUACAAGAGCCCGGAGGAGAUGGGCACGUGCUGCCCCCUUUGCUGGGCCGAGACCGUGAAGACGCCAGGCGACCGCUCGUUCGUGACGGGCCUGUCCGGCGGCGUCGGCCCCAACAACGCAGCGGACCCCGUGCUGUGCCGCGACGUGAUGUGCCCGCCGUUGCAUUGCGACGUGCCCGAGCAGUUCUUCGACGGCCGCUGCUGCACCAAGUGCCAGUCCGCCGCAGCGCCCUCCGCCGCGGACUUCGCCGCGAGCUACAAGGUCUGA